AACAUUAAGCGGAGCAGACCAAAAUCCCAAACAAGGAAAUGGUGGGGGAAUAAAACGACCAGAUUAUUUAAUUAAUGCAUGUAAUAAUUAAUAUUUUAUUUUAUUGUAAAUUAAGACGUAUUUAUGGGUUAAAAUGGAUUACGACUUCAAAACAAAGCUGGCGGCCGAGAGAGAGAGAGUAGAAGAUCUUUUCGAAUAUGAAGGUUGCAAAGUGGGUCGAGGCACCUACGGGCACGUUUAUAAAGCUAAGCGCAAAGACGGGAAAGAUGAGAAGGAGUAUGCACUGAAACAAAUAGAAGGCACUGGAAUAUCAAUGUCCGCCUGCAGGGAAAUUGCUCUUUUACGGGAGCUGAAACACCCAAAUGUGAUCGCCCUCCAGAAAGUGUUCCUGUCCCACAGUGACAGAAAGGUGUGGCUUCUGUUCGACUAUGCCGAGCAUGAUCUCUGGCACAUCAUCAAGUUCCACCGGGCCUCGAAGGCCAACAAGAAACCCAUGCAGCUGCCCCGGGGGAUGGUGAAGUCUCUCCUGUAUCAGAUCCUGGAUGGGAUCCAUUACCUCCACGCCAACUGGGUGCUCCACAGAGAUCUGAAACCAGCUAACAUCCUGGUGAUGGGGGAAGGUCCUGAACGAGGAAGAGUUAAAAUUGCCGACAUGGGUUUUGCCAGACUUUUCAACUCUCCCCUCAAGCCGCUGGCGGACCUUGACCCUGUGGUGGUGACCUUCUGGUACAGGGCCCCUGAGCUGCUGCUGGGGGCCCGGCACUACACCAAAGCUAUUGAUAUUUGGGCAAUUGGCUGCAUCUUCGCGGAGCUGCUAACGUCGGAGCCCAUCUUUCACUGUCGCCAGGAAGACAUCAAGACCAGUAACCCCUUCCACCACGACCAGCUGGACAGGAUAUUCAGCGUCAUGGGUUUCCCUGCAGAUAAAGACUGGGAAGACAUUAGGAAGAUGCCAGAGUACCCCACGUUGCAGAAAGACUUCAGAAGGACAACGUAUGCAAACAGCAGCUUAAUCAAAUACAUGGAGAAGCAUAAAGUCAAACCGGACAGCAAGGUUUUCCUGUUGCUCCAGAAACUCCUCACGAUGGACCCCACCAAAAGAAUCACAUCAGAGCAGGCGCUGCAGGACCCGUACUUCCUUGAGGAUCCUUUACCAACCACAGAUGUGUUUGCUGGAUGUCAGAUCCCCUACCCAAAGCGAGAGUUUCUCAAUGAAGAUGAGCCGGAGGAGAAGACUGAAAAGAACCAGACCCAGCAGCACCAGCAGACGACAGGCCAGACUCAGGCCCAGAACCAGCAGCAGACAGCAGCCCAGCAGGCCCCCUCCCAACAGAGCUCAGCUCAAACCAACGGCACUGCUGGAGCCACAGGGGCCACUGGCGGCGGGGGUUUGCAGCACGGUCAGGACCAGGGACCCCCUAACAAGAAGCCUCGGAUCGGGCCCUCCGGGGCCUCCUCAGGCACUGGGGUGCUGCAGUCAGAGUACCAGCACACAGGCUCUCGCCUUGGUUACCAAAGCAACGUCCAAGGUUCCACUCAGCCCCAGAGCACCAUGGGAUACUCGUCGUCAUCCCAGCAGAGCUCCCAGUACUCCCACCAGACCCACCGUUACUGAGGCUCCCAGUCACUCCUGAACCAGCAGAGGAGUCAAGUCCUCCUCCUCCUCCUCCUCCUCCUCCUCCUCCUCCUCCUCCUCGUCUUCACCUGACCCUGGCUGGCCUCAACCGACGUCACCGUACUCCCUCGACUCCCUCUUCCUGUUCGGAUCCCCGCCUUUACAGCACGUCAUUCCAAUUCAGCCUCUUCAACCUGUCUUCACCUUUCAUCUUUUUACAUGACAGCCUUCUGCAUUGUAUUAUGAAGGCAAACAAACAUAGGAACCAAAAAAUAUAUAAAUAUAUAUAAAUACAUAUAUAUAUAUAUAUAUAUAAUCCACCAAGAAAACAAGUUCUGCCUCAUUGGGCUGGAGAAACUUUUUGAAAGACAACGACGUGAGGUAGAUGUGAAGGCGUCAACACUCAGACUCACAACCAUGGCACUUACAAACACAACCUUCCUCAAGAGGGAAAAUCGCAGCUGUGUUCAUAUAUGUAUAUUAUAUAGCACCUUUUUCUAUUUGAUUUUUUUUUCUCUUGCUUGUUCGCUAGACUUUUCAAGUUUACCUUGAUAGUUGAUGUCAUUAUAAAUAUUGUUAUAUGUGGAAACGGUCGGAUGAGAGGAAACACAGGAGGACAUGCUUGUUUCUGUCGUCUCGGAUAAUCAAAAGAAAAUGAGCAAACGUCUGAGCUGACCCCAUCCUUUUAAAAACAAGAAAAAAUUUAACAGUCACAUGUUUCUACACAAAAAAAAAAAAUCCGCCAGCUCUUUAGCUGACUAAAUUGCAGGGAAAUAUUCAAAGUAAACUUCUGAGGUUUCUACAUUUACAGUCGACCCGUCUGUCUGGAUUUGGAUUUGAAAAUGAAGAAAAGCAGUCGUCUUUUUACGGCUACCUUCUGUAUAUUCUGAUCACUCUUACCACUUUUAUUCGUGAGAAACAUUUUGACAAGUGAGCUUUG